GUAUUUAAAUGGACGGAUUUUCAUAAUAGAAGUGCUUCCAAAGAGCCAAGCAGAGGUGGAUGAGGUAGUACUAGUUGGAGAUGUCAUUGAUGAGAUAAAUGGAGCUUCAUUGAGGAAUGCUUGCAAUGGACAGGCUGGUUCAGUACUGCAGAAGCUGAAAGGCAAACCACUAAGCUUUCGCCUAAUCCGGUGGAAAUGGCACGAUGGAGGAAUAUUCAAGCCAUUGUUGCCCUAUCUAAAAGUUCUCAGAGAAAAAAUCCCCAGCUUCCAACUCCAACAUGAACACAAAUCUAAAGAAGAGAAUGAGGAGCGAAGUUUGCAAGGAGGCAGACUCUUGUACAAUCUGCGGUACUUAGGUCAGGCCAAUGUAGGAAAGUAUGGAGGCAAAGAUAUAUUAGACGUAGGCAUACCCAUGGUGUUAGAUAAGCAUUUACCGCAGCAGGAAAUUUUAUUCGACGUCAAAGAAACUGAAGUAAUUGUUCAACACAAAACAACAUCAAAGGUUCUUUUCCGUUAUUCUUAUACAGACAUUUCCUGUGUGGGACGCCGUCUGGAUAACCACAAUCUCUUUGCUUUCUGUAGCUUAGCUUCACCUGACUCUCCAGAUGAUAGCACUUUUGAUUGCCUAGUUUUUGAAUCAAAUUCUGAAGAGGAAAGUGAGGAAAUUAUCAAACGGAUUGCUGCUGGAUUUAAACAUACAGAGUGGUUUGUCUGACAGAUGUGAUGUUCUGCCGCUGGGCUUCUAUCUACUUUGGAGCCUCAUUGGGCUGCUUAAGUCUAAUAUCAAUCAGUGAUAUCUUGAUGGGUCAACUCUUGGAUUAUGGAGUCACUUUGUAUAGAUUAAAAUUCUGUCCAGAUACAAUUGUUCUAGAUAAAUCAAACAGAAGACUCAACUGCUUUUUUAAAAUGUUUACAUUGCCAAUUUUCAGAAUGGAAUAAAAUCAAGCUGAAGCAAUAAGAUUGUUUGCAUAAGGUAGCGUAUCUAUACUGAAAGCAAAACCAGUUUGAUAAAACAAAUCAAAUAACUGAACAGUUUCUCAGCAGGCAACUUUACAUUUUUUUAAAAAAUUUAAAAUACUCAUUAUAGGUCAUCUAACAAGACAUAAUCCUAAAACAAUCUGUACAUUUAUAUUCUCAAACAAAGGGUUGUAAUACUUGGAACAGCUUUUUUUAAAGAGGCAGCACAGAAAGCUGGACUGUUCUUGUCUAGUUUCAUUUAAACGAGUCACCUAAUUAGUCUAGAAACAAGGCUGAAAUAGUUUCUAAGAAACUGAGUAGCAUUUCCUAGUUUAUAAAUUAUUCUGCAAACAUAAGAAUCAAAAUCAGAAAGACUAUUCACUGACUUGUUAUAUAAUUGCUGCAAGCUAAUACUUCAAUUGGGGAUAAAUACAAAGCAUAAACAUGCUUCAACUUGAUUUAAGCAUAAACCCAAGUAGAAAAGCUACUUUUCCCACAACAAUGACAGGACUCAUGUGAAUGUAAAACAUUUAAUUUAAAAAUGUUGACACUACAAUAUAUAAAAUAGCUAUUAUAAAUGCACAUAGUGUAUUCUAUAGCUGCCAGAUUUACUUUUUUUUUUAGGAAACUGCAAGUUACACUGUGGUUAAGACUUGUUCUUUACCCCUUUAGAAAGUCCACAUUCUGUCACAGUGAUGUAUGGUCAGACUUAACAGUCCCAAUUGUUAAACACUUGAAUCAAGUUAUAACCAGUUUUAU